AUGCCGAGUCCAUCGCUCUCCCUGGACUCGCUCAGUUCUCCCUCAACAUCGCCUUCACCACCACCCCAGCCAGCAACCCAGUCCAAAGGCAGAUCCGCUGCCUCAUCCACCAAGCCACCAUCCUCGACCGCGGAAAAGCGAGACGCAGUCAUUUCAGGUCUCAACUCUGACUCUGAGCUCUCAGAGCUGACCGAGGACGAGCAGGACAACAACCAACACCCAGCCAACGAUUCCAAGAAAAGGUCGUCCGCUCGUAGUACCGACGAACCAGACUCCUUGGAUAGCGAUAAACGCCCCUCCGCAUCCCAUCGAACCACAAAAGCAAGGCGGAAAAAGCGGAGCAGUAUCGUCCCAGCGCCAAUGUGGGGAUGGGCCAGCAAAGAGCAAAGGGCCCUGGAGGCCAUGGAAGAAGAAGAGGCCAGCAAACGUGAAGAAGAGGAGGAAGAGGAGGAGGAAGAAGAAACUAACGGCCCCCCGCGAGCUAUGGAGGAAGAAGAAGAUGACGAUGAGGGAGAAGACACCGUGCGCGGUGGCCGUGGCCAAACCAAGAGCCAUCGACCAGACACCUGGCGUUCUGGCAAGGGCAAGCCUGUGCGUGCUCAAUCACGAAAGGUUUCUUACAGGAAUCUCGACGCCGAAGAGGACGAUGUCCCCGACGACGACGACGAUGACGCGGACCCGACAUACAAACGGAACAACGUGUCAUCGAGCGCCAACCCACGGUCUAACGGCGUCCCAGACGACGAAGAAGUCACUUCAGACAACGAAACUCUCUCUCGUUCUCCCUCAGCUUGGAAAUCAACGAACCCCGACCAGGAGGAUGGCGAAGUGUCUGACACCAGCGACGCCCCCGCCGCGCGGAAACCCCAAAUCCGACGACGGGCCACCACCGCCUCGAAGCAAAUUCAGGACGAAGAAGAGGAAGAGGAAGACGAUCCACCCUCUGACGUAGAGCGUGGAGCCACUGGCUCAGGCGACGAAGUCAGCGGCAACGAAACCGAGUCAGAAGCGGACGAGCCAUCUACGACCACCAAGUCGCAACCACCCAAAGCGCCCGUGUCCCCUAAUGUGCCCGCAUCUCCAUCCAAGUUAACAAAUUCAGACCCCAAACCUGCAUCCCCGACUAUCCGAACCCUCGCCUCCGCCGCUGAAGCAACGAAAACCAUCACCAACAUCAAUGCUGCAGCCGCGGCUUCGUCCAUCAUGGCUGGAUCGAAUAUCGUCGGUAAAGACGCCGACGUUCAAUCCUCCACUGUAACUUCUCGCGAAGGCUCUUUGGCGCCUUCUCCUAAAGGGUCUGAUGACGAAGAUGAACAGGACGGUCGUCUCUCACUCGCAUCUGUCACCAAGAAGCGUCGGGAAUCCCUCAUCCAAAACGCCGCCGACACCGAUCCUGCGAAAGGCAAAUCCAAUCCCAAGAAGCCGGACCCAGACGGAGAUGUCGACAUGGACGGUGAAGUCGAGGUCGAUGCCGAAUUGCCUGAGGGGACCCCUGGCCAAGAUGCGGAUCCGUCUGUGGGAGACGUCGACCCCGAUGGAGAUGUUGACGUCGAUGGCGAAGACGCCGCCGAAAACGACCCUGACGGCAACGAUGACGGCGAGAAUGGUGACGGGGACAACGACGACGACUUGGAUCACGACAACGAACUCGAGUCAGACCUCCAACCUGCCCACAGGGCAGAAGCUUUGGACGUCCUCGCCAGCAUAGAGCUCAAAUUUGCACUCCUCCGCGAACGUGUCUACGUUGAGAAAAUGGAGAGUUUGGCUUGGGAAGAGGAGCUUGUCAAUAUGGGAACGCAUCCCGAAAUGAUUUACCUUCUCGGUGAACUCAAAAACCGACGCGACAAACGCCUUGAACUCGCCAGCAGGAAACGAUUGUACGAGAUUGCCAGCAUUGGCAAGCGGAGAAGAGCCGACGAAGAUGCCACCUGGAGUUGGUGGAUGUUCACCCGCGAUGAAUUGCAAACUGAUAUGAUUUCCGAGACCAAUCGGAAGAAGCGCCGCCUUGAACGAGAGCGCCGCUCGAUUGAGCGACCUCAGCCAGUUCGCCGCAUUCCAGCGCCACCGACCUCAGUCCCUCCUGCUCCCUCAUUCAGAACUAUUCUGAGCAACCUCCCAUUCAAUCACUCCAAGAACAAGAUUUCGGCCUCGCCAUCCAGUGGUGUUUAUGUCUUUCCCGAGCUCGGAACCCUCCCAUCCAAUGAUGUCGCCUCAGAUCUCGAGUUUUUGCACCAGAACCGACGGCAUUCACACCACUCCUCCAAUUAUGAUUCGCACCGGCCCAUGUCUGGCUUGUCAAAUCCUCCCAUCGUCGGUCCGGGAAUGAUGCGCAGCGCCUAUGAUUCACAGCCUUAUCCCCCGCCUGCUAUGGAGCCUUAUGGACGCGCGAUGGCUCAACCACCCACGUCGUUUCCUCCCUAUAGCCAUCAUCAAGGACCUCCGGGGCCAUCGCAGCCAGUUCAUGGAUAUCCGCCUUACGCAACUGCACCGCCCCCUGGACCCGUGCACCACUCUGGCCCACACCCAAGUAACGUAGCUUCGGGAAGUUCGAGUCACAACCCCCGCCACAUGGAUCGAGGUUGGCGGGAAAUGGAGGGUGAACACGCAGGGGGACAUCCGCCUUCCGGUGCUGGUCAUCAGUUGAUGCCGAACCACCCAUACUUUGGUCAGGGUGCGAAUGGCGGCCCUGCCAACACCUACCCUCCUGUUCAAUCGGGUCAGCCCCAGCAAAAUGGGAGGAGACGAUCCCCUUCUCCCAUCCAUGCACCCAACGGUGUUGACAGCGGCAAACAUGGUCCGGGUGCUGCUCCGGCACCUGGAACAUGGUUAGGGCCGGGUAUGGGCAUGGCUCAUGUACCUUUGGGAGUCAAAGGUGAUUGGGGAGAGAACAGACGUGUGGCUGGAACCAUGGACUCUGUGAUCGACCACGAUGGUCGCGAGCGCAUGGCUAGGGAGCAUUGGGAAAAGGAGGCGCAAGAGAAGCUUCAGCGCGAGAAGGAGCGUGAACGACAGCGGGAAGAGCGGAAGGAAAGGGAGCGCCUCGCCAUGGAAGAACAUGUGAGGAUACGCAAACAGCAGGACGAGCGCGAGCGUGAACUCCUUGCUCAGCAUCGUGCCCAUCAGCAUCGACAGGGAUCGACAGGCCAACAUAGCCAUGGACCUCAGCCGGUCCCUCACCAUCACCACCGCCACGCUCAUGGACAUCACCAUCAUGUCGUACAUCAUCACCAUAACCAGGGACAUAGUCAUGCUCCCCAUGCUUCGUCGUCUUCCUCAGCGCAUCCUCGUGUGCACGAAAGCCGAGGCCACCCUGCCCGCGAAGAACACCCUCGUGCUGCUCCCAUUGAUUAUCGUGAGCGGGAACGUGAGGCUGAACGGGAGAGGGAACGCGAGGCCAGGAUGCAGUCCAUGGGACGCCCUCGGUCAGGACCGCCGCACCCUCUCGAGGAACGUGACAGACCUAUUCCUGUCCCACUUGCUCUUGGUGCAUCUCAACCGCCAUCCCAAUUAAGCAACGGUUCUUCCCGGCCUUCCUGGUCUGCUAAUGACGACGGUUAUCGUCCGCCGGCAUCCUCUGGUCCUUCUGGGUACCCAAGCUCCCAAGAGCCACACCGCUCUCCAGUGCAUCGCUAUGCUACCCCAAGCAACGCUCACCCACAACAGCGUACUCCGGCACCUCCUUCGUCGUUGCAAAAUAGUGUUGGACCAUCUUCUCCAAGUCGCCGCCCUCCACCACCACCUAGCCCUAGCUCUUCCUACCCAAAUGCUAGCCAGCAACAAUCUCCUCCUAGAUAUGGCCCUCCCCCUCCACCAUCCAUGGCGCCUAGGUCUCCCCCUGUCAACCUCAAAAUGCGACCACCUUCACCGCUGACUUCAAAGGUCCUUCCACCACCAAAUUCUUCGUCAUACGCGCAAUCGCCAAGGCUGAAUGGGCCUGGGCGUACAUCGACCCCGACCAGCAAUGCCGCCAAUGUGCCACAGGGACCUGCAGCCCACGUUGUCGAUGCCAAAGCACCAGGUGGACGACCUGUUGCCCCUGACCUUGCACCACGAUCGACCUCGCCACCACCGCCAGCAACAAAUACCCGACCUGCGUCUGGCAUUCCCUUUGGCCCUCCCCCGCCAUCAACUGCGGCCAACGGUGAUAGACAAGCAUCACCCUUGAUCCAAGGUCUUCCCCCUCCACCCCAGUCCCACCCACCAAAAGUUGGUUUGCCAUUGAUUGAUGGACAUUAA